AUGCCGCAAUUAACAUUCACUCCCUGGAAGGAGUACUCCCAGCUCGUUGCAGUGCGAGAUCAAUUUUAUCCGCCACCUGGUUACCAGGGACCCGACAUGCGGCCCAAAGCCUCUAGUAUUGUAUGGGUCUGGAAAGUCCGAGGAAAUCUGCCGCAUGCCGUGGAGGCGACGGCGCUUUUGACGGACGCGAUUUUGCAUGAUGACCCAGGCAAGAAUUCGAUAUUUUCGAUACGCGCGACGUAUUCAUCAGCGUUUUGUAGAUUUAUCACUGGGCUGGUAGAUUCCAAACUACAUGGAAGGAGACAAACCAUGUACCAAAAAGCCAUGACACUUGGGGUACCGGCGUCAUUUGUGGAAUUACGUCACGAAGCAACACAUCGCGAACUCCCCUCCCUGGUGGUUUUACGAAACGCAGCUCAAAGAUCGCUUGAGUGGCUGUGGGAGUUCUACUGGGAGAAGAUUGGAGCUAACAUUCCGGCGGAGUUGGGUCUACUGGAUAAUUCACAUUCAUCUGAACAAGCUCUGAGCGAUGCCAUUUGGGGUAUUUUACAACCUCUCACAGAGAACAGGGCAGGACGGAGUGACGGAAGUAGAAAGCUAAAUUUGGCAUCAAGCAUACGUGAGCUCGUCGCCAUUUGUGAGAGCGAAAAUGGUGGGAAUAGGCUUCUUGUGAGGGCGCUUCUGCGGCCGGGCGUCCUGGUACCGGAAACAAGGAGUCUUGGAGAUCGAAUGGACCAUAUUUUGUCCACAUGGGAUGACUUCCUGAAGGAGAUAUGCCGACAUUACACGCCAUUCUUGACAAAAUUCGCAGACGAGAUGGCAGACUUACUGUCUCUUUCUAUGUCAUUGGAUGCAGCAAAAGAUCCCUACAGAGAGGGCGUUUACGGAUGGUUUGAACACGUGCUGAAGUCGAGCUCGUGGGCUCUGCUUCGAAAACAAUAUUUGAUUCUAUCCUAUGCCCAAGCAGUUUGCCGAAAUGGAGGGGGAUAUUGGAGGGAUCGCCUUCAUAAUUUAAUCGAGAGCUGCAGAGACUGGUCGGAGUUAUCUGCUAGAUCCGCGCGCAUCUCUCAAGAAGCCACAAGACACGAAUCGGAAACUGGGCUACAUAUGACCAGCCUACGAGAUCAUGGCUGGACUUUAGAGCGAAAGCGCAUUUUCUGGCCUAUAGGCGUGGUCUAG